AGCAGAGAUAAAGUUUAAAUUUCUUUUUCUCCUCUGCGACCGUAAACACGCGUCCAUCUCCGCUUUUGAUCCGCAACAGCUGCUGAUCCCGACAGCGGAGUCUGUGUUUAGUUGAAGAAAGGUCUGUGUAUUUACAUUCAAACACGAUGAGUUCGCAGCCGACGUUUAAUUUUGGCGUGGGUGCGAACAGCGGCGGGUUCAUGAGCAACAACAGCAGCAGCAGCGCGUUUUCGUUUGGUGGUUCGAAGCAGCCGAUGUUUGGAGCGAGUUCUGCGUCUGCGUCGGGUUUUAUGGCGUCGACGAGUCAUCAGAAGAUGGAUGAGGAUGAGCAGAGUGAUCAGGAGGAGGAGGAGGAGGAGGAGGAGGAGGAUGAGGAAGACGACGACGACGACUACGACUACGACUACGACGACUUUGGAGUGACCUCCCUCCCCGACGCACCAGUCGCUCGCGGCAUGCUUCCCGAGUUCAGCAAACGCGACCGCACGCUCAAGUUCCUCAUGGACCCUGUCCUUUCCGAAGGCGCGGCCUGGAUCGCGCGCAAGCACCUCAAAGCAGAUAAAGUCGACGGCCCGGUGCUGCCUGAGGAGACAAAGCUGUAUCCUGCUUUGGUGCCGGGCACGAAGCGGGCGCCAGAGUAUUCUUCUUUCAUUGUGGAAUCACAUAAUCUCUUCAUCCAACUCCAGCUCGCGGCCCAAGAAGCCGCCGCGUCAACACAACAACCCACGAUCGAAGACGAGCGCAUCCUUCCCCGGUUCGCAAACCAAUUCCUGCAAGUCGUCGACGCCUGGCGCCGUCGUGUGCCGAGCGCACUCGAGCCCUCGCUCUCGGACGCUUACGUGCUCUGCCACUGCCUUGUCGCGACCUACUUUGUCGAUCCGAGCGUGACGCGCGCAGAAGCCGUCAUGAACUGGUUGAACCAGUCGAUGCCGCGGCCGACGACGGAGGAGACUAGGGAUAUAAUGACCUCGCUCAGACCCGUCGACCAGCCCGGGUUCUGGAACCUCGUCCAUCUGACCGCCACAAGAGGUUUAUUUCUGCAGUGCUCAAACUGCUUGAAGCAGUCGGCGAUCAUCGCACCAGACCAGGCCACCCUCGGCGUUCUGCAAUCCGCAAUCUCGGUCCUCGAGUCCGCGCCAAAAGGCACCCAGGCUUUCCUCGCCCACCGGCAAUGGCGCGCGCGCGCAAUCACGUUCGGCGACGACGCCGCCCGGCUUGCCGAUCCCGGUCUCCGCCACGGCCUGACUACGCUCUCGCGCAUCCUCCGCGGCGACAUCAACACGCUCUUUGCGUUUUCGGAAACAUGGCAGGAAGCCACUGCCGCGCUUUUCCUGCUUCACGACCCGUCCCCCGCGCGACUGACCGAGUACUUUGAUCUCGCGACGAAGGAGUUCCCGAUCGACAGCACGUUGCUAGUCGACGAGGGCUGCGCGGCCUUGUUUGCAAACAACAUCGCCAAAGCGCUCGUGUGCGCCGAAGGCCUGGAUAUUUGCGUGGCCGCGCAUAUGGCUGAUUUCUGCGAUCGGCAGCGCAUGCUGGAUGACUUUAUCGACGUCGAGACGAUCGAGCGGCCGUCGAUUAGGGAUUAUUUGUUUAUUAGGCAUGCUGAGGUGUGUUUUGCGAUGCCGGAGUUGUUUGUGGUUGGGGUCGCGUAUUUGAGGGAUACGGAUGUUAAAGAGAAUGUCACUUUGAUCAGGAAUAUUGUGACGCAGAUAUAUCCCGAGGAUGAGGAGAUGGUGGAACAUCUACUGGUUGUCUGCGACGACGUCGGACUAGACACAGAAAAAGGCGAGAUCGUGACCGCCUGGAGUAAACUCCAACUCUCACGCAACGAGAUCGGCAGCGCGCUACACUGGCUCAGCAGCGUGCACAACUACGUCGACACGCGCGCGGUCGUGUGGACUCUUGUCGAGCGCAGUUUACUACAAGGCGGCGCGUGUCCUCUGCCCGACGCUAUCUUGGGCGAGUUUUUGACGUCGCCGGGGUUGUGCCCGGAUGUGAUUCGCGAGUUUAUCGCGCCGUAUGCGAUUUAUUAUAGUUAUCGGCAGCAGUUGAUGCAGAUCAGCAGUUCUUGCUCAGAAGAGGAUGAGGAGGAAGAAGAAGGAGGAAGAGGAAGUUUGAAGGAGGCGGCGAUGCAUCUUGCGUCGCUGAUUCAGUUUGCGUAUUUACCGCGCAAGUACGCGCUCGCGCUGAUAGCGGAGUUACUAGCGCUUCUCCAACUCGCGCCGAACUUUGCGGACGAGCGAGCAGGAUCAGGGAUGCUGCUGCCGAUCGCGGACAUGAGUCAGAUCAUGACGUUGUUUUACAAGCUCGAGAAAGACAAGCGGGAGUUUUCGCAGAGCUUUGAGUUUCUGUGUGACGUGCUGGGUGAGGGGCGGCGCGAGUUUGUCGAGAGUCGGCGGAUGCAGAAGAAUCACAGUGAGAGCUUUGAUUGGCGGGUCCAGUUCGUUGCGGGUGAUGGGCUCGAUGUGGAGGAGGAGGGGGAGAGGAAGCGGGUGGAGAAGGUUGCGGCGAAAGUGUGUCGGGUGAUGCGCGAGAGUUUGGUGAAGGAGAUUUCGCGGGCGUAUCUGGAGCAGGAGCAGUAAUCUAUCUCUUUCUGCAGAGUAUCUUUUGUAUAAAAGUAUUGUAGGGAAGUAAUGUAGAGAAGUAGUUUGAGGAAGUGUUGU